ACGACCCCCUACGUCUACUGGUCCUUAUCCUCGUCCGCCGCCCGCCGCCGCGCUCUCUGGUCUCGCACUUGCUGCCCUCGUCACCCGACGACCUCGAGGCACCCGUGCGCCCGACAACAGGCACCCCAUCGUGAAUCUUGACAGGCACCCAAGAGAGCCCUCGCCAUGUUUCGCGCGCAGUCAAAUAUCUUUGAUGAUGUCGUAGUCAAGGCUACCGACGAAAACCUCACCAGCGAGAACUGGGAAUACAUUCUGGAUGUAUGCGACAAGGUCGGGUCGUCCGACACAGGCGCCAAAGAUGCGGUUGCUGCCAUGAUCAGGAGGCUGGCACACCGGAACGCAAACGUCCAACUAUACACGCUCGAGCUUGCGAAUGCGCUGAGCCAGAACUGCGGAAUCCAAAUGCAUAAGGAGCUGGCCUCGCGAAGCUUCACCGAAGCGCUGCUUAGACUCGCCAACGACCGCAACACACAUCAGCAGGUCAAGGCCAAGAUACUGGAGCGCAUGGCAGAAUGGACCGAAAUGUUCUCGCGUGAUCCGGACCUAGGCAUCAUGUCGAAUGCUUAUAUGCGGCUAAAGUCACAGAACCCCAAUCUCCGCGCGCCCUCGAAGCCACAGAAGACGCAGAUCUCCGAGGCCGAGCGCCAGAAGGAGGAGGAAGAACUGCAGAUGGCGCUGGCCAUGUCCAUACGAGAGUCCAAGGGCGCAGCACCGACGGCCGCCAACUCCAACGCCCCUCAGCAAGGUGCAUCUGCCUCUGGCACUCAAUCAGAACAACCCGCACAAUCCGUGCCCUCCGGUACAACCGCCGCAACCGUCUCACGAGUGCGCGCGCUUUUCGAUUUCCAGCCUUCUGAGCCUGGUGAGCUGCAGUUCCGCAAGGGCGAUAUCAUAGCGGUGCUCGAAUCAGUGUACAAGGACUGGUGGAAGGGCUCGCUUCGUGGACAGACGGGUAUCUUUCCGCUCAACUACGUGGAGAAGCUGCAGGACCCGACGCGCGAGGAGCUUGAGCGUGAGGCACAAAACGAAGCGGAGGUGUUUGCGCAGAUCAGGAACGUCGAGAAGCUGCUUGCUCUGCUGAGCACUAGUUCGCAACCGGGCGGCGGUGACGCGCGGGAUAACGAGGAGAUUACAGAGCUCUAUCACUCGACUUUGGCUAUCAGGCCAAAGCUGAUCGAGCUCAUUGGCAAGUACUCUCAGAAGAAAGAUGACUUUACACAGCUGAACGAAAAGUUCAUCAAGGCUCGCCGAGACUACGAGGCCAUGCUCGAGGCAUCCAUGUCGCAACCCCAGCAAGCUGCGUACGGCGGUCGUCCUGCAUAUGGCGGCUACAACGCCCCGCCCCCCUCCAACUAUUCAGGCUACCCACCAGUAUCCUCACCGCACCAGGACCCUGGCCGUUUUAACUAUGGCGGGGCACCUCCCGCACAGCAUGGACCUCCUUCCCAAGCACCGCCCACAGUUGGAAGCCCUGCCUUCUUCAUGGUCCCCCCUGGGGAACAACGGACGCAACAGACCCCAAAACCGGGUCCGCCUUCUGACCCUUAUUCAUUGCCUCCAAACAGGGUUCCAGUUGGGGGGCGACCGCAAAGCCAUGGACCACAAGAGUUGGCGACGGCACAUUAUGAUUCACCUGUCGACAACCGACACUCCUUCCACGCCCCCAGUCAACCUGGUCAGCCACAGGGAGGUCCUUCAGCUCCUCAAGGUUAUGAUUAUCCGCCUGCACAGCAAGGAAAUGGUUAUCCUCCACAAGGUGCUCCUCAAGGGCCGCCAGCAGGCCAGCAGAAUCCGUACGAGCAAAUGUCGUCGCCACCCCCACAGGGACCGCCACAUGACCAACAGCCCCCGUCGGAGCCACAUGCACAGCAGCCACCUCAACAAGGAUAUGGGUACCCACCUUCACAACCCGGAUAUGCACCCCCGGCGCCACCCGGAACCACUACUAGUCCCGCACCCCAAACAUAUCUGCCAUACCGGCCGGGAGCGCAAGCCCCGAGUGCGCCACCUGUCGGAGGCGACGACGCUUCUGGAUUUUACCGCUAGAACGGGCGUGGGAAGCAAAAGCAAAAAGCAAGGAGAGGAGAAAUCAUGUACUUGUAAAAGCAUCGCAGUAGGCGCGUGAUUUGGGCAACUAGGACUCAGAAUGAGAAGAUACCAUUGAUCUAUGUAGCGAAAAGGCGCCUUUUGUUUGUAAAUCCACACACACCCACUCUCAUACCCACUCACACACACACUCUCA